AUGGCCGCCCGGACCGCCCGCAGCUCGCGCGCGCUGGAGAGGUGGGCCCGGCUGGUCGGCUCCUUGUCGCGCGGCGAUGACGCAGAGCCAGGGAGCGGCGGCUUCCCUCAGCCGCCGACGGAGCCGCCGCCGCCGUCCCAGCCUCAGCCGCCGCGCGCCGCGGACUUCCCGGGGGUCGCUCGCGUGAGGAUGGCGGGCGUGGCCGACGCCGUGGCCCCGGGCGGCGGGGAGGCAGCGCGCCGGGGGGCCGCGUCCCCGGCCCUCGCGGACCGCGCGCUGCUGCAGCCGGGCGGCGGGCAGCGGCGGAGCAGCUUCGCGGGCGGCGAGUCGCGGGCCCGGCAGCCCUCGCCGGCCCGGCCCCCGCCCUCUCCCUCGCCCGCCGCCAGCGCGCCCCCCUCGCCCAGCCCCGGGCAGCCGCACCGGACCGAGACGCUGGGCUUCUACGAGAGCGACAGCCUCAGGCAGCACAAGCGCAGCGGGCCCGCAGAUCUUUCACUGCUGCGGUUUAUCAAUGCCGAGCUAACUAGGGGUUACUUCCUUGAACAUAAUGAAGCCAAAUACACUGAACGGCGGGAGAGAGUAUACACGUGUAUGCGAAUACCUAGAGAAUUGGAAAAGUUGAUGAUAUUUGGAAUCUUUUUGUGCCUGGAUGCUUUUCUCUACGUGUUCACGCUCCUUCCGUUAAGAGUUUUUCUGGCAAUGUUCAGGUUUAUCACGUUACCUUGCUAUGGCUUGCGUGACCGGCGGUUGCUGCAGCCUGCUCAGGUGUGUGAUAUUUUCAAGGGCGUUAUAUUGGUGAUCUGCUACUUCAUGAUGCACUAUGUUGAUUAUUCCAUGAUGUACCACUUGAUAAGGGGACAGUCUGUCAUCAAACUCUACAUCAUUUAUAAUAUGCUUGAGGUAGCAGAUCGUCUUUUUUCUUCUUUUGGUCAAGAUAUCUUGGAUGCUCUUUAUUGGACAGCUACAGAACCAAAGGAGAGGAAAAGAGCACACAUAGGUGUGAUCCCCCACUUCUUCAUGGCCGUGCUCUAUGUCUUCUUGCAUGCUAUCCUUAUAAUGGUCCAAGCAACAACACUCAAUGUAGCCUUCAACUCCCACAAUAAGUCGCUUCUUACGAUCAUGAUGUCUAACAAUUUUGUUGAAAUAAAAGGAAGUGUUUUCAAGAAGUUUGAGAAGAACAAUUUGUUUCAGAUGUCAAACAGCGAUAUCAAGGAAAGAUUCACCAACUAUGUACUAUUACUGAUCGUUUGUUUAAGAAACAUGGAGCAGUUUUCAUGGAAUCCAGACCAUCUUUGGGUAUUAUUUCCAGAUGUUUGUAUGGUGAUAGCAUCGGAAAUUGCAGUGGACAUUGUGAAACAUGCCUUUAUAACGAAAUUCAAUGAUAUUACAGCGGAUGUCUACAGUGAAUACAGAGCUAGCCUUGCGUUUGAUCUUGUUAGCAGUCGACAGAAAAAUGCGUACACAGACUACAGUGAUUCUGUUUCCAGGAGAAUGGGCUUUAUUCCUCUCCCAUUGGCUGUUUUACUCAUUAGGGUGGUUACCAGUUCGGUAAAAGUACAAGGAGUCUUGGCCUGUGCCUGCGUUGUCCUCUUCUACUGUGGGUUGAUCUCACUCAAAGUCCUGAACAGCAUCGUGCUGUUGGGAAAGUCAUGCCAGUAUGUCAAAGAAGCAAACAUGGAGGAGAAGCUGUUCAACCCCCCUCCUGCUGGCACCCCUGCCAAACCUCUUGGUAAACAGCAAAGCAAGUACAAGUCCACUCGAGAGGAAAACCCGUCUGCAUCCGUGACCAGACAGCCUGUGCAACAGAAGGAAAACGCAGGACCACAACUUGUGACGAGCAACUCUGAUCAAUUUCUGACAACUCCUGAUGGAGAUGAGAAAGAUAUUACCCAGGACAAUUCAGAGUUAAAACACAGAUCGGCAAAGAAAGAUUUGUUGGAGAUAGACAGGUUCACAAUUUGUGGGAACAGAAUUGACUAAGCUUUUGUAAAUAAAUUGUGCUGGGGAUACUGAGCUGUUAAAACAGCAGAUGCUACCAGAUGGAGGGACACUUGCCAAACAGGCACUUAAAAUAUUUAUUUAAAAAUUAAAUUAUUAACAGAAGCCCUAUUAUGAUGAAUAACUUGGCUUGAAGACUGAUCAGGCUUCCGCUCUUUAACUUGGAUUUUUUUUUUGUAAAAUGUGAUACUUGGAUUUUUUGGAAAAUGUGAUGAGACCUUCAGCUUGGCAAAGCUACAGCAUCACUUUCUUGGAAAUAACGUGUGUGGUGAUGGUUGGGGGGGGUGGAUUAAGUCCAUUAAUGCUCUAUGAACCAUGCUUUCAGAAUGUAUCACUUUUUGCCAAGGUUCUUUCAUUAGAAACCUAACUUUGGAAAUGCGUUUGCAUCUCUCAUGAGAAGCACUCUUUCCGCUGGGUUUCAGAAGCAGCUGCAGAUUCUUCACCUGCCAAAAGCCUUCCCCCCCCCCCCAACUUUCAUUAGAAUAAACAAUCAAGAUAUUGCCACCAGAAGAUGGUUCAAGAUGUAUUUCUGCUAAUCCAAAUAAAUUAUCCUUGAAUGAAAGUUUUAAUGCAUAAUUUUUUUUUCUAAAUAUUAAGCCAGCUACAAGAAUAUGGACAAGUAGAGCUUUCUUCCUUUCCAAUUUGCACUAUAUUUUAAAAGUGGAAAGCUAGAUGAGUUUAUAAAAUGUGAAUGCAUCCACAGUUGAGGGUGGAAGGGGCAAAAUCAAGAUGCAGGAUUCUACUCGGUCAAUAAGCAUUUUUGUUAUUUAACAAACAGCUUAAUAAACAGCACAUGGCCCAAAACCAAGGGAGCCUGAAAUGGGAUGGGGACUUGGGGAGGGUUGGGUUUUCAGGAAACUGAACAAGAAUGAAUGUAGCUUUAUUAUGAAGUGUUUGGGUUUUGAAGUAUAUAGCAGUUUUUACUUUGGGGUAUAAAAAGCAUUGGAAGAAUGGCAAAGGAGGGACCCUAGAAUAAUUUUAAAAGAAAUAUUUGGCAUUUUAGCUCAGUGCAAGACAGGGUGCUUAUAUUAUUGGACACUUUAACACUAUGUAACAAUCACCUUUUUAAAUGCUGAAUGAUUUGCAGGUCUUUGUCAGUUUAUUAACAAUCACAACGUGGCCAAGGAAAAAGGAAAAAGAUUAAAUUUUAAAAUUUCAAAGGUAUAUUUCUUCCUCAAAAGGCACCGAUUACUGUUACUGAGAUGAAUGUACAGAAAUGACGUCCUGAUUGAACAAUCUUUACAAAUAGAAGUGAAAAAGAGUUAGACUGGUGCUCUCUGAUCUGAGGGGUGUCUCCCCCCCCCCUACUUUUUAUGUGCAUCUUUCUCUCUUCAGUUAGAGAGGUGGCCAAUGUCAGAAACAUUACAGGCAUAACAGCAUCAAAACUAGGCUGGGAGACCUUUACUUUGAAUGUAUUUUAUUUUGACAAAUUUGAUGCAUUAAAAUUUAAUUACAAGUAAAGUUAAAGCAUUAAAAUUUGAUUCUGAGUAUUUGUGGAUUUGAUGUAAUUUAAUUUUUAUUUAAUUGUUGCUCAAAGGAAACGUGGAAUGAUUUUCUCCCCUGUUAAAUGAUAUUCUGUACCAAUUUUAUAAAUGUAUCUUGUGUGACACAAUAAAGAUUCAAUUUUGUAAA